AUUUUUCAUAAUAUUUUGACAGCUUAAUCACUUCGAAUUCACUACUAACUACUAAUCAAUGAUAAGAUUUAAAUCUAAAUUCUAUUCAUAUAUAUAAUUUCUUUACUGUUUCCUUACUUUAUGAAGAAUGCAGUUUCUGGUUUCUAAUAUUCAAAAUGAUUUUAACCCUUUGAUUUCUGCCUGUGCAGCUGCAACCCCCUCUUGGCCUAUAACUUAUGUAGUUCAAGCGAGAUAAAAUCCAGCUUCCAUGGUGUUUAUGGGCCUGCUUUAUGCUGCCAUCCACAGAGGUCCUCCGGCGAUGGCGUGUAUCUUGUAUCUGCAGAUGCAGUACGGCCUGCAACAACAGCGUCAACGUGGCAUGCAAAAUUGAUGGUUUCGUUGGAUGUUUGGGUUGGGUUGUGGGGAUUAAGUGGCUGCUUUAUGGGCGACCAAGGAGCAGGACAUCCAGGGAGCUAAAAACGUAGGACCGAUUACAGCCUGGCAGGAGCAAAUUUAAUAUCAGAAAUCAAUCUUGUGGCUCUUCAAUCAAUGGAUCAAAGUGCCUGAUAUGGCACGGUCUGUUAACAAUUUCCUUUUGGCCUUACUUCACAAAUAAAGC